AUGCAGCAAUUUUCCCUCAACGAACGGAUUUUCUGCCUCACUACUGUGACAGACACUCACCAUGACGUCCCCGAGGGCAUCUUUGCUCGGGUUUGGGACGUGGAUUCUUCUGAUGAGGCCGCCCUCCUUCCCCAGGUGCGCCCUCCUCCCCCAGGGCCCUUCCCCGUUCACCGAGGUGCCGCACAAAAUCCUCAGCUGCCCUGCGUCACCCCCUCCUUUGCCACUGCUCUCUUGCCUGCACUCCCAGAUUGUUCCCUACCUCCCUUCCAUCCCUGGCUCCUCCAGAACAAUCCCCCAUUCACCGAGGUGCUUCACUUUGACUCUCAACAGCCCUGCAUCGCCCCCUCCUCUGCCACUGCUCUCGUGCUGAGAGCUGACGGGGCCAUUGCCCUCUGGACCGCCUCUCAAUGCACCCACCACACCGUUACAUCCCACCGCCUUACAGCUGAUGACGUUACAUCUGACGCCGUUUCAUGUCACGCGGUUUCAUCUGAGACGGUUACAGCUCCGUUGGCCUCCAACCAAGUAGCGCCAAGACGAGCCUGGUCCCAAGGCCCCAUAACUACCAUUCACCCUCCACAGCAGUCCCAGCAAGACCUGGUUUAUCUGCCUCACCAUCCAGUCAUGCAUCCUCUCUCAGCCAGUGCCUCUCCUGCCACUGCUGCUCUCUCAUCCAGUGCCUCUGCUGCUAGUGAUGAAAAUGGUGGCAACGCUGGCAGCAGUGGUGAUGACCGUGAGGGUGAUAGUAAUAGAAACCGGGACAGGGACAGUAGCGAGUGCAUGGUUGCAGACAGCAACUGGAGAUGGCUGGUAAUGGCGCGAGGGGCUAUAGCUGAGGUGUAUGAUUUUCUGGUGGGCUAA